AUGAAACCAACCAACCAAAAUAAAAAGAAACAAACUCAUCAAAUCAAAUGUAGUAUAUGUGAAAUUCAAAAACAAACCAAUUGUCCAGGAACGAGAUCCAAGAAUGAAGAAACCAUCAACCGAAUCAAAUCACAAGAAACCCAACCUAUAGAAGAACCUAAAGAAGAAAUCCUGCAAGAAGAAAGACCAUUGAAACGGCUCAAAGAUUUACGUUGGCCUGAACUAGAUGAAGCACAGUGUUCUGUUUUUUAUGAUCCGUUACGUAGAGAUGAAAUUAAACCUUUGAGGAAAUUCGAAUGGGAAAGAAUUGUGACUUGCAUCGAAUUUAGAACUUUUUUAAGAUCUUCUUCUGAUUCAUUUAAAGAAACUUUAAAACGAAUUCAUCUUGAACCUAAUGAGAAUUUACGUCAUGAAUUAAUUAAAGAACUUGUAGGAUUCGAAUUUGAUCAAGGUUCGUUUAUUCAUCAAAAGAAUCAGAAUCAGAAGAAUCGACAAAAAGAAAGCAUUAGGUUUGGAUUAGAGGAUCGAAAGGUUUUUGAAGAGUUUGGUGAAAUUGUUAAAAAGAUUUUGGAUCAAACUAGAGGAACUUGA